AUGGCGCGUAAAAAUAUUACCUCGAGCCACGGAAUCGUCGAGAGUGUGUAUGGCGAAUCCUUCGGUCAGCAGGGUAGAGCCCUAGGAUCCAAAAUCAUCCGCGCCGAUAACAAGAAGACUCAACCCAACUUCACCGCAGCCCCAGAAUCAGGAUCAGGAUCGGCAAAGGCAAAGGCAAAGAAGAACAAGAAAAAGGGUGCUAGUAAAGGCAAAUCGGGAGCAGCAGGAGCAGGAGGCGCCAAUGGAAAGAAAGCAGGAGUGCCAAACGAGCCUCUGGUGUUGGACCCUGCGGCGAUCAAGAAGCGUCAAAGAAAAGCCAAGGAGGCUUUUCGGACUGGACGCGUCUUACUGGAGAAACUUGUUGAGGGGUCGGAUCUGGUGCUUGUUGUCCUGGAUGCUAGGGACCCCCAGCGGUGUCGAUCGACGUUUUUGGAGCAGUUGGUCAAGAAAUUGGGCAAGAGUCUGGUGUUUGUCUUGAAUAAGACAGAUCUGGUGCCGAGGCAUAAUGUGGAGCGUUGGUUGGAAGUCCUGCGCCAAGAAUACGCGGCCGUGGCAUUCAACGCCGUGGAAGAGUCACCCAACAGCAGCGCCGACGCGCUCGCACAACUCGUGAAAGCCCAAGCUACCACCUCCAGCGACAACACCAAACCAUCGAUCGCAGUCGGAAUCGUCGGCUUCCCCAGCGUCGGUCGCGCAUCCGUCCUCCGAUCCCUCCGACAGUCCAAGGAACUUGCAUCCAACAGUAGUAUGGUCAAGUUUUAUGUCAACCUAGGAGCACUCUUGAACAAGGGCGGUCACGGGCCCAUCGACUCGAUGCUCAGAUCCAAGCUCCUCCCCGGGGAGGACCUCGUCGCCGCUACAGCCUCGAUCCUCAUGCGGUGUAAACAACAGACCCUCAUGAUCACCUAUUCCGUCCCUCGGUUUGAUACCGGGUUCGAAUGUUUGGCAGCCCUCUCAAGACAGCAAGGGCAUUUAUUCAAGGGUGGGAUUCCGGAUACCUUAACCACUGCACGGUCAUUCCUGAGAGAGUUGGGAUCUGGAAAGUCACCUUUCUUUACCAACCCUCCUGCUGUGAAGAGGACGAUGGAAGCGGUUGGGUAUGGGUUGAGUGCGGAGGAUGAUGGGUUUGUGUUGGAUGAGAUGGUGUUUUCGGGCGAGACGGCAGGGUUCUCGUUUGUGCUUGCUGCUCAGAAGGGGGUGGAGGAGGAUCCAGAAGAUAGUGGUGAUGAGGUGGAAGAGGAAAUGGAGGCGCCCAUGUUGGUCCCAGCUGUUAAGGAGAAGCAGAGCAAGUCCAAAAAGCAGGCAACUCCAGAGCCGGAUAUGGGUGAUGAUGAGGACGAAGACGCGGACGAAGCAGAAGAGGAGGAGGAGGAGGAAGAGAAAGAGAUCGCUCCUAUCACUCCUAUCACGACGAAACGCGGUGCAAAGUCGGCUCCUGUCCAGAAACGACCUGUCAAGAAGGCCAAGAAGUCUGCAGCAGCCUCUGAAGAAGAUGGCAGCGCGCCUUACGCCUUUGGCGAGUUUGCAUAA